AUGGAUGUGGACAUGGACAGGGACAUGGACAUGGACAUGCAUGUGAAGCGAUUGGAGUGGAACGGAGCGGAAUCGGUGCCAGGCAAAAAGAAACCUAAAAGCCCAAACAGCAGUAGCAACAACAGUAGCAGCAUCACCAACAUCGUCAUCCACAUUAACACCAACCACAAGCGCCAGGGCCGACGAUUCACACAGUUAAUGGACCUCCUGCCACUGGGUGGCCUGAGCUCAAGCUCUUCGAAACUCUCGACACCGGUGAUGGCGCCGCCACAAAAUCAAAUACCGAAUCACCCAUCAUCAUCAAUAUCCUCAUCGCUGGGCAGUCCAAAUCUUAGCAGCUCACAGCUGGAGGUGACUUCGGCCGGCUACGACAGUUUGCGUCGCUCUGUUAGCUUCCACAGCGAGGAGCUGCUCCUGGACUUGGAGACCGGCGAGGAGUUCCCUUCGCCGCACAGGUAGUUGAUCUUAGGGGUUCUUCUCUCUCUCUCUCUCUCUAAACAGAACACACAAACACACAAUAUCUAUACAG